AUGGCAAUUCUCUCUGUCUUACCUCCUUUUACAGUAGUCUUUUCUCAUGGAUGCAAUAACUUUUGACCUUUGAUGCAAGAGCAGAUCAGGAUCAGAGAUUUCAUGAGUAUAUCUUCCAUUAUAAGGAGUCUCUCUCUCACAUAGACACUAAAGUUCAGACAUGACCUUUUCCUUUAAAAACACAGCAAACGACAGAGCUUCAAAAGAAGUAACCCACAUCCUAAGUCCAACCCUCUGUCUGCAUCUCUUGUGGAUCAAUCAGUAGAAGCAAAGGCAAAGCAAGCUAAAGUGGGAUGGCUGCAUGUGAUAACUCCACAUUCAUGUAAGGCAGCGAGUGUGUCGAGUUCGAGGGCGUUUGUAAGAGAGGUACCUCCUUUUCGGAGAUGAUGACACUGAUAUAAGCACGGUAUAUCUCAGCAAAGAGACAAUUUGCUCAUAGCCAUAAAUUUAUCAGUGAAACUUUCACUUUGAGAGGGAGAGAAAGGGAGGGAGAUUGAUGGGGGGAGUGAGGCAGUACAUAAGAUCGAAGGUGCCACGGCUGAGAUGGAGUCCGGAGCUUCACCGCUGCUUUGUGCACGCUGUCCACCUUCUCGGCGGUCAUCGCAAGGCCACUCCCAAGAUGGUUCUUCAGCUCAUGGACGUGAGGGGACUGACCAUUUCCCAUGUCAAGAGCCAUCUCCAGAUGUACAGGAGCAUGAGAAACGACUCGAGCAGACAACAAGAUAGAAGUCACACCAGUGCCAGACAAGAAAGACCAUCUUUUGAAGAUGAUGAACCUGAUGGGUGCGUAAUAGUAAAAAAAUCUGAACCUGGCGAUGGAAACAUUCUUCGCGCAUCCUCGAAACCCAGCAAAGGAGACUCGUCGGAAUCAGAUUCUCGGUCUUUCAUGCACUGUGCCUGUGAUUCGGUCGGGUGUAUAGUGGAGACGGCGGCGGCGGUGGCAACCACAAGUUUGGUGGCAACUUCAUGCACUGAUCUGCAGAUGAUGAUCCAGCCCGAGUACUAUGCAGUGGCAGAAUCUGAUUUUCUCCAGAUAGUGAAACCAGAAGAAUUUCAAGAUCACGUGUCGCGAAAGAAGAUGGCACGAACGGGCACAAGGAGAAGUGAUGCCGGACAACUCAAAUACGUCGACGGCUGUGGCUGCGAGCUGUCGCUGUCGCUUCCGAUGAGUACCCAACCUUCUUCGCGGAGAGGUAACGCGUCCUCAGAGAGCGGGAUCAGCGAAGCGAUAUCGUCAACCUCGUCCCUGAAACUCUCCUCGUACUCAUCCUUUGAAGAGCCCUGUGUCAACUUGGACCUAUCCAUUGCUCUUGGAAGCGCAUAA